GACAGACUCCUGCCUCAGCUAAGGCUCCCUCCAGCUGCAGAGGGUGUUUUUGUUAGAAUCACACACUGCGUAAAACUGCUUAGAAUAGAGCCAUGAUCUCAACCACGAAAUGUGAACUUAUAUUUUGGAGAAACUAACGGGGACGGACUUCUGAGCCUUGAACAAUCUCAUGCUGGGUGUUUUCAGCUCCUCGCUGUCUAUAGGUGGUGAAAUGACAAAACUCACUCUCUUCUUCAAUCAGUGAAUCUGAAGUGAUCUUUCAUCCAGUUUCAUCUCCUUUAGUCUCAUAUGGAACGUAUCUCCCUGUCUGUUGUUAAACUAUGAUGACAUGUCUGUAGCUAUCAGGAAGAGAAGCUGGGAAGAACAUGUGACCCAAUGGAUGGGACAGCCUUUUAAUUCUGAUGGUUAUAACACAUCAUGUCAUCAUGGACUAGUAGCUGACAGCUUGCAGGCAAGUAUGGAAAAAGAUGCAACUGUAAAUGUGGGCCGCAAAGAAAAGUGUGUUUCGCUACCUGACUGCUGUCAUGGGUCAGAGCUGAGAGAUUUUCCUGGGAGGCCAAUGGGUCACACUUCAAAGGAAGUGGAUGGGAACGACAGCUACGAAAGUGAAGAUCAGUUUCUUUCUCUGGAGGCCAGCACAGAAACACUAGUGCCUGUUUCUGAUGAGGAUACCAAUUCUGAUCUAUAUGUUACAGAUGACAAACAGAUUUUAACUACCCAAGAGCAUAAAACAUCAGAUCAGCAGAGCAUCAAGGGAGCAGGCUCCUUAGUAAAGACACUGCCCAUCAUGGAAGGUAACCAAGAUUUCUGUAACUCCUGGGAAAUGACUGGUGAAGCCAAUUUAGUGCUGGUAGAAGAAAGGGGGGAGAGAAAAGUUGUUGACAUUAUAAGUAAAAGCCUGGAGUUUUGUAAUGAUAUAAGCUUAAGUGAAAUAAAAGAUGCCUCCAAAAUAAGUGCAUGCAAUUCUCUGAAUGUGAAAGAUACUGUGUCUGAGAAGCAACUGCUUAAUUCUGCUGUAAUUGCUCAGCAACGAAGGAAACCUGACUUCCCUAAAGAUGAACAUGAAAGAGACACCUGCAGUGUAGUACAAGAUGAGUUCUUGGCUAGUCCUUGUACAGACACAGGAGUGCCAUUAUUAAAAGCAGAUCCUGGAAACUGCCUUCUGCUGCCUUCUUCCUGCUCUAGUGGAAUGUCAGCUGAAAAUGGCCUGGAGAAGAGUGGUUUCUCAGAACAUCAAAACAAAAGUUUUCCAAAGGUCAACUCAGGAGAUGGCAUGCAGUGUUUACACUUAAAAGAGACUCUGGCCACCCAGGAACCCACAGACAACCAAGUCAGGCUUCGCAAAAGAAAGGAAAUAAGAGACGACCGCGAUCGGGCGCGGCUGGACUCCAUGGUGCUGCUCAUUAUGAAACUGGACCAACUUGAUCAGGACAUCGAGGACGCCCUCAGCAGCGGCCCCUCGCCGUGCAGCACGCCCGCGAACCUGCGGCGCCGGGCGCCCGAUCUGGAGUCAGGAUCUGAGAGUGGAGCAGACACCAUUUCAGUAAAUCUGACACAAACAAAUCUGUCAUCCAACACCGAGUCCACUGACCUACCGUCUUCCACCCCAGUGGCCAAUUCUGGAACCAAACCCAAGUCUGCGGCUGUUCCAGGUAUUUCAGAGAAGGAAAAGGCUGAAAUUGAAGCCAAAGAAGCUUGCGAUUGGCUACGGGCAACAGGUUUCCCUCAGUACGCACAGCUUUACGAAGAUCUCCUGUUCCCCAUUGAUAUUUCUUUGGUCAAGAGAGAACAUGAUUUUUUGGACAGAGAUGCCAUUGAGGCCUUAUGCAGGCGUCUAAAUACUUUGAACAAAUGUGCGGUAAUGAAGCUGGAAAUUAGUCCUCAUCGGAAGAGAAGUGAGGAUUCAGAUGAGGAUGAGCCUUGUGCAAUAAGCGGCAAAUGGACUUUCCAGAGGGACAGCAAGAGGUGGUCCCGCCUUGAAGAGUUUGAUGUCUUUUUUCCAAAGCAAGACCCAGUGCCCGGGUCCCCAGAUGAUGCCCACCUGCAGAACGCCACGAGCCACGAAAGCAUGCUGACGGAUCUCAGCGAGCGCCAGGAGGUGGCUUCCGUCCGCAGCCUCAGCAGCACCGGCAGCCUGCCCAGCCACGCGCCCCAUGGCGGGGAUGCUGCCACGCCCCGGACUAACUCAGUCAUCAGCGUCUGCUCCUCCAGCAACUUCGUGGGUGCCGAGGACUCCUUCUGCAGCCUGCCCUCUCCCAAGGAGCUGUCCAGCUUCAGCUUCAGCAUGAAAGGGCACGAGAAGAACCCCAAGUCCAAAGCGCGCAGUCUGCUGAAGCGCAUGGAGAGCUUGAAGCUCAAGGGCUCGCACCGCAGCAAGCACACGGCGCCGUCCAGGCUGGGGCUGAUCAUCAGCGGGCCCAUCCUGCAGGAGGGGAUGGACGAGGAGAGGCUGAAGCAGCUGAACUGCGUGGAGAUCUCCGCCCUCAACGGCAAUCACAUUAACGUCCCCAUGGUACGAAAGAGGAGUGUGUCCAACUCCACGCAGACCAGCAGCAGCAGCCAGUCUGAGACCAGCAGUGCCGUCAGCACGCCCAGCCCCGUGACGAGGACCCGCAGCCUCAGUGCCUGCAACAAGCGGGUGGGCAUGUACCUAGAGGGCUUUGACCCAUUCAGUCAGUCGACGAUCAGCAGUGUCAUGGAACAGAACUUUAAAAACCGCGAGAGCUGCCCGGAGGACACUGUGUUCUACAUCCCGGAAGAUCACAAGCCCGGCACGUUCCCCAAGGCCCUCUCCAACGGCAGUUUCUCCCCCGCAGGGAACAACAGCUCUGUGAACUGGAGGACUGGAAGCUUCCACGGCCCCAGCCGUAUCAGCCUGAGCAGGGACAAUAGCAGCGGCAGCCCCAAGGAGCUUCAGAGACGCAAUUCGUCCAGCUCCGUAAGCAGCCGCCUGAGCAUCUACGACAACGUGCCGGGCUCCAUCCUCUACUCCAGCUCGGGUGACCUGGCCGACCUAGAGAACGAGGACAUCUUCCCUGAGCUGGAUGACAUCCUCGACCACGUGAAGGGGAUGCAGAGGAUCGUCAACCAGUGGUCGGAGAAGUUUUCCGACGAGGGGGACUCCGACUCAGCCCUGGACUCUGUCUCUCCGUGCCCAUCUUCUCCCAAACACAUCCACCUGGAUGUGGACAAUGACCGAGCCACACCCAGUGACCUGGACAGCACGGGCAACUCGCUGAACGAACCCGAAGAGCCCUCGGACAUCCCGGAACGGAGGGAUUCUGGGGUCGGGGCCUCCCUGACAAGGCCCAAUAGGCACAGGCUGCGAUGGCACAGUUUCCAGAGCUCCCAUCGGCCAAGCCUGAACUCGGUGUCCCUGCAGACCAGCUGCCAGUCUGUGGCUCAGAUGAACCUGCUGCAGAAGUACUCACUGCUCAAGCUGACUGCCCUACUGGAGAAGCACACGCCAUCCAACAAGCAUGGCUUUAGCUGGGCUGUGCCCAAGUUCAUGAAAAGGAUCAAGGUUCCAGACUACAAGGACCGAAAUGUGUUUGGGGUCCCUCUGACGGUCAAUGUGCAGCGCACCGGACAGCCCUUGCCCCAAAGCAUCCAGCAGGCCAUGCGCUACCUUCGCAACCAUUGUUUGGACCAGGUUGGGCUCUUCAGAAAAUCAGGCGUCAAAUCCCGGAUCCAGGCUCUGCGCCAUAUGAAUGAAAGUGCCAUAGACUGUGUCAACUAUGAAGGGCAGUCUGCUUAUGAUGUGGCAGACAUGCUGAAGCAGUACUUCAGAGACCUUCCUGAGCCAUUAAUGACAAACAAACUCUCAGAAACCUUUCUCCAGAUCUACCAGUAUGUGCCCAAGGACCAGCGCCUCCAGGCGAUCAAGGCCGCCAUUAUGCUCCUGCCUGAUGAGAACCGCGAAGUCCUACAGACGCUCCUUUACUUCUUGAGCGAUGUCACAGCAGCUGUGAAGGAAAACCAGAUGACUCCCACCAACCUGGCCGUGUGCUUAGCACCUUCCCUCUUCCACCUCAACACCCUGAAAAGAGAGAAUUCUUCUCCAAGGGUAAUGCAAAGAAAACAAAGUCUGGGCAAACCAGAUCAGAAGGAUUUGAAUGAAAAUCUUGCUGCCACUCAAGGACUGGCCCAUAUGAUUGCUGAGUGCAAGAAGCUUUUCCAGGUUCCGGAGGAAAUGAGCCGAUGUCGGAACUCCUAUACCGAACAGGAGCUGAAGCCCCUCACGCUAGAAGCGUUGGGACGCCUGCAUAAUGACGAACCAGCUGACUAUCAGCACUUCCUCCAGGACUGUGUGGAUAGCCUGUAUAAAGAGGUCAAAGACAAGUUUAAAGGCUGGGUCAGCUACUCUACAUCUGAGCAAGCCGAGCUCUCCUACAAGAAGGUUAGUGAGGGACCCCCUCUGAGGCUCUGGAGGUCAACCAUCGAAGUCCCUGCUCUGCCUGAGGAAGUCUUAAAGCGCCUACUUAAAGAGCAGCACCUCUGGGAUGUAGACCUGCUGGAUUCAAAAGUGAUUGAAAUCCUGGACAGCCAAACUGACAUUUACCAGUACGUCCAGAACAGCAUGGCGCCCCACCCUGCCCGGGACUGCGUCGUUCUGAGGACAUGGAGGACUAAUCUGCCCAAGGGGGCGUGUGCCCUUUUACUCACCUCUGUGGAUCAUGACCGGGCCCCUGUGGUGGGUGUGAGGGUCAAUGUGCUCCUGUGCAGGUACCUGAUCGAACCCUGCGGGUCAGGGAAGUCCAAACUCACCUACAUGUGCAGAGCCGACCUAAGAGGCCACAUGCCAGAGUGGUACACAAAAUCUUUUGGACAUUUGUGUGCAGCUGAAGUUGUGAAGAUCCGAGACUCUUUCAGUAAUCAGAACACUGAAACCAAAGACACCAAAUCUAGAAUAUAAUCCGUAAGUGCACUAUUAAACGUUAGGAAAAGUCUGGCCUGCUUUCCCUUGCUGCGCCUCUCACCCGCACCCCGAGGACCACAGCUUGCCUCAGCUGAAAUGAAAAUGCAGAUUUGCCGAAGGAAAAAGCAGACUACAAAUCAUUCCAAGGCCCAACUGCAACUGAGCCACUUACUCACAAACAGGAAACCCUGGUGAAGGUUCAGGAAGCACAGAGAUUCUCCCAACAAAGGUCGUUAGGAAACGAUGCUGAGAAAGUUACAAGAAUAAGCAGCAGAAGGAUGCUCAUAAGCAAAGCCGAGGUCACCGAUGAAUUCCACAAAAGGUCUCUUUCCCACUGCUCAGCCUUCCUGUGGAAAGGAUUCCUUACAUAUUUGACAAGAGGAGAGGUCAAAGGAUGUGAACAUUUUCAAAAACUCUGCUCAAGUCAUCUAACAUGAUUUUGCUGCAAUUUACUAAUUGUGACUAAUUGCCUACAUUGUAAGCUCUUUGAGGGCAGGGCUUCUUUCCUACACAUCUUUAUAAUCCCCUCCAGCUGCUUUCAGUGUUUUAUACUUGUAGGCACCUAAUAAAUUUAUAAUUUGCCGAAAGGA